AAGGUCUAAAGCUGAAUAACUUCCAUAUGUAUUGAUCUGCAAGUUUGAUGUAAGGUUUAGAAGAAAGAAGACAAUGGAUCAAAUCUCACAAGACGAUAUCAGUCCACCAACUGAGAGCAAACUUUAUUCACCACUCUCCCCCAAACGACCAAGAAUAGAUUGUUCAAUGCCAGAGGAACAGAGUGAGAAAAGCAGGUUUGACUUUCCUGAGCUUUUGACAUUUCGGAAAACCUUCAACGCACAAUUAUCCACAAACAUGUUGCAGAAGAGUGCUGGUGUACAAUGCACAACAACAUGUGGGGGUAUGGAUUUUGUAAAACCCGAAACUCAACCACAAGACUCUAAUUUUCUCGUCAACCCAAUAACUACGUCGUCCACUUCAGACAAUGACGAAGUAAACACAGGAUCAUCUAAUGCCUGUUUUAUUGCUCCUGAAAGAACUGUCCCCCUGGUGAAAGAUGAGGAGCCUCCUCUUAAAGAAACUGACAAGCUCAGCUCAUACCCGCCAGAUGAUGCAGGUGGGGCAUUAGCAGAGUCUCACUCUUUAAAAGACGUCAGCGCUGACACGUCCAGUCAUCCUGAUUGCGACCGUCUGGGGAAAUCACUUGGAGACGAGACCCCCUGCGGUUGCAAUCUUCCUGCUGGAGAUGACAGAGAUGGGAGACAGGUGCAAAAUACUGUCAGUCAAAUCCAAGCAUUCAGCCUCAGUUCGAGUGAUGAGGAGGUCAGAUGUCUGUCUGAUUGCACUUACAAUGUCAAACUUUGUAAUACAGGUUUCUAUAACACGUGGAGCCAAUCUGCUGAAGCUGAAGAGAGUAAUCAGAGGGAUGGUGAGGAUGGAUUUAAUGAGAACGCACUUUUAGGAAAGGUAAAGGAAGAGGCUAACAGUCUCAUAUCUUUCAUUGAUUAUGCAAACUCUGAAUCAUUCUACUCAAUCCCUGAAGAGGAUCCCUCAGGGAAGAUGGCAGAAGGUGUAAAAGAUAAGGAAGAAAUAUCAGACUUGCAGAUUUGUGCAAAUGAAAAUGUUGCUGCCUGCAAUUGGGAAACAAAAGCAGAGAAUGAAAAUGAAAUGAGCAAAAACUCAAUUCCUUCUGCUGCUGAGUGGGCUGAGGGAUCAGUUCUUUCUCAUGAUAUGGUAUUAGCCACAAAUAUUGUAACUAAGACUGUCAGUCUUGAAGCCGAUGACUUCUGUGGGGCAAAAGAAGCCCAUGCUGCUGGCAAGAUGAUAGCCAAAACCGAGAGUGAAACGGCUGAUCACACAACAGAGGCUCCAAUGUCGUCAAGAAUCAGUCAAGAGCCGACUGAAGGAGAUAAUGAUGCGGGCCCAGUCGGUGUAAUUGACCCUGCAAUCUGGAGUGAAAGUGACAGGGAGGCUAGGCAGAAGUGCUGUAACUCAGAGAGCACUGAAGGUGUACAAUUAUCUCCAUUUGUAAAAAUCUGUGAGAUAGAAAUACCUCUCUGUCCUGACGUCCAGCCAUCACAGGAGGAUUCAGGUCUUGAUCAAAGCAGAACACACCUGUGCCAAGAUGAAAAAGAGGGCACAUGUCAGACAUACACAGAACCACAACCAUGUCCCAACACCACAGAAAAUAUACUCAACAAUACAAGCAAUGACGACAACUGUCAGUGGAAGUCCACUCCCAGCAGCAGCCAAUGUGAGUCUGUACAGGCUCCUCCUGCUGGGGACAAAAAAACACAAGGGAGCCCCGACGCUGUGGGACAUCCUUCAACAGAGCAGGACCAGUCUGGUCUUUUGCCUGACAGUCUAGACCACCUGCUGACACAGGAGGUUGAAUAUUUAUGGGCUGAAAUUGCAGAGAUGUACGGAUUGACUGAGAUAAAUGAAAGAGAAGACACAAAAAGAUAUGAAAUGAAAAGUGAUGAACAAAGAAAAGAAGAACACUCAAUGGACUCAAAGGUCAAACCUCUGCAGCAAAGUGAAAAACACAAAGAAGACCCAUGUGAAAUGUCUGUUGGUGAUUUCUUUAAUGAGUGGGAAGAGAUCAAAAUAAGUAACACUGGCAAAAACUUAACUCAUAUUGAAUUGGGAAAUACCCAUGAAUGCUUGUGUGAUCACCCAUACACUGCUGUAAUUCCAGUGAUUGAAGUGACAACAGAGGGAAAUGAAAGAAAAGAAGAGGAGGAAAAUGGUGUUAAAGAUAUCUCAGCAAUGUCAGUGGAAGUAGUGGACAGUCAACAGAAAGAAGACCAAACUGAGGUUUCACCUGAUGAAUGUAUCAGUGAACAGACAGAGGCUACCAUGAGCAAACAGGGGGACACAUUAAUCCUCAAUAGCCAACAUGAACAAUCAAACGAGCUCUGUGGUUUCUCUGAUGACCAAAUCGGACCAAAGACAGACGCCCUCUUGCCUUUGACUUUUCCUGCCCCCAGUGAUGCAUUCGUCCCAGCGACACAAGAAUUGAGACAUUCACAAAAUGCUGACAAAAACCCCACAGCCAUCAUAUGCAGUGACAGAUUUUCCCCAGAGCCAUCUGCCUUCACGUUUUGUGCCCGCGUUUCGGGGGCUUUUGACACUUUCGAAAAGAUCCAGCUCUCACUAGAGGAUGACGGUGAUGAUGAUGCUGGUUUCAGCAACAACCCUCUGCUCAGCAGCCUGUCUGAGCAGCUGCUGAAAACACCCCAGCAACAGCCCAACCACCUCAAGCUAGAGGCCGAGAGCAGCGAGCACGAGGAGGUGCCACAAGAGGAGGAUGAAGAGGGCAAGGAGGAGGAUGUGGAAAGAUUUGAGUGUCACACUGACUACGUGGCAAAUGGAUUAUCAAGCUGUGAUUACAGUUGUGAUGAACUUUCUAACCCUAUCUCAGCAGCAGAUGUUCCUGUUCCCGGCCUGACGGAGCACAAGCCUAACUGUGAAUCAGCCUUUAAAUCCUCUGAGGGCAUCCAGGAUGAGUUACAGCCACAGUCAACGUCCUGCAUUGCUUCCUCUAAAUGUGACAGUCCAGCCUCUGAUGUGAACAACAAACCCAGGUUUGAGAUGAAGAAAGAAUUUGACAACGUCCUAAAGGAGCUGAACUUGUUUUUUGAUGUCAGUAAAAGUGAGUUUGGAGGCUACAGCAGAGAAUCCUCACCGGUGCAGUGUAGUGAUGUCACUGAAGUGUGGGAGAGCGACCACACAGACUUCAAAGAACCUCUCAGAGGAUACCAAAAAGACACUUCAUCAGAUGAUGUUGAUGAAGUCCGCACUUUGGAUGAGUGUGUGAGCGAUCCAGUGGUGUCUUGUACCCCUGGCAGUGGUGAUGAUGAGCAGGAAGUGCCCCUUGGCAGCUGCCAGGAAGCACCCAUGUACACUGCAGAGACACACAGAGAGCCCCAGGAGAUGGAGUCCAAAAAGAAAACGUGGUCCCCGUCCUUCAUGUGUCAAACAUUCCUGGAACAACUGAGCCACAAAGCACCAGAGCCAACCAGGAGACUGGAGCCUCUGAGAACGUGCACACGGCCGCUCCGAGUUGGACUUUCGAAGAGAGCCAAGACUAAACACCUUCACCGCCCACACCCCUACAGAGAAAUGUCAGAAAUGUAAUCAGGAUGAUGUGAAUGAGUUUGAUGACGCGCUCUUUGUUGCCAUGGCAUUCGCUUUUUUACUGUGUUGCUCAUAUUUCAAUCUUUUUUUGUGAGUCAUUCAUGUACAUGUUGGAUGGUAUUACAGUCUACAAAAUGUAAGUUCGUCUCGUGGGAAGUUUCCAUAAAAUCACAAGUGUGCUGCUGUUGGUCCACUGAGCAGCUCGACCGCAGCAGCCAGUGAGCGAGUGUCUCACCUGAGGACUGUUGAUGAAAGAAGCCCACUUCACUGCUGGGGAAAUGGUUUCAAAGAUAUUUCCCCAGUAUUUAUUUAUUUAUUAACUUUUUUUUUUCUGUAUUUAUCUAUUUAUAUAAUUGCUAUUAUUUCCAGACCUAAAGUGUUUUUUUAAAGUAUAAAUCCUUGAUGGUCUUAUUUAUAUAUUUAUACCACUUUUAAAUUCAUAUUUAUAGGAUUUAGCCAUAAAUGAACACAGAACAUGACCUACAUUGUUGCAUUAAUGAAAUAUGUUAGCUUUGUAUUCAGCGUUGUUGCAUGUAACUGUUUGUACACGUUUACCUGUAGUUGUAUUGAUACAGUGUGCUGCUUGUUCAAGCUGUGUGUGGGCGUGUACGUUCUGUUUCUGUUCUGGUGUUAAUGUUAAACUGUAUGCAAUGUAACCCUGAGCUGUUUUGUGGGAGGUGAGCUGAAGUUUCAAACCGGUCAAUUCUCCAAAGGAAUCAAUAAUUGAUUUCAAUAAUAAAUGUGUUAUUCAUGAA